AUGUCCCGCUUAGAAAUCCUCAACCUCGCAGGUCUCCGCCACGACAACCGUCGUCCUUAUGAGCUCCGCUCCCUCGCCCUCUCCCUUUCGCCCUCACCAACCGCAGACGGCUCAGCACAAGUCACCCAGGGCCUCACCACAGUCCAGGCAUCAGUAUUCGGUCCCCGCGAACCUCGCCAGCGUGCAGCCGCAGCACACGACAAGGCCAGCGUCGUGGUCGAGGUCGGUGUCGUCCCUUGGGCGCAGGGCCAAGGAGGCAGCAGGAGUCGUGGCGACAAGCGCCUCCUCGAAAUCGGAGCGGCAAUCAGGCAGACGUUCGAGCCCGUUAUCCUCACCCACCUCUACCCCCGCUCCGAGAUUACCGUACAGGUCCAGGUCCUGGCUGCUGACGGAGGCAUUCUCCCUACAGCCAUCAACGCCGUCACCCUUGCCCUCAUCGACGCCGGAAUCUCGAUGCUCGACUAUGUCACCGCAGUCUCUGUGGGCCUGCACUUGAAACAGGCCAUGCUGGAUCUCUCGGCCCCCGAAGAGUCCGACCUGCCCACCCUUGUUGUCGCUGCUCUGCCCGAGUCGGGACGUGUGACUUUGGCCCAGAUGGAGACACGUUUGCAUGUGGACCGUUUCGAGGAGAUGCUGCGACUUGGUGUGGCAGCGUGCUCGGUGUUGAAAGAGGAGAUGGAGGCGGCGGUCAAGCAGCGGACCACCCGGGUGGUGGAGCGUAUGGCCAUUUCCGCCAAGGGAGCUGCCAAGGAUGAUUAG